CCAAGAGAGGUAAAAGAAAGGAGUUUGGUGUCAGUGGAAAUGGUGUGGAGAGAAAACUUUUCCUUUUUCAGUUUGCUUUUGUUAAAGGAGACAUAAAUUUCUCUCUGAUUCUUUCUUCUUCUUCUUCUUGUUUACAUCACAAUUUCUCUCUCUACUUCUACCAAAUUGAGUUUCUUGAGAGAGAAAAUAGAAUAUGAAUGUGUGUGCAAGUUUCUUCCUCCGCUUGUAAUAAUUCUCUGCAUUGUCUUGUAAUAAUAAUAUUCUAAAAAGAAAAAAAAAAGUUGGGCUAAAUUAAUGACGAGGGUUAGUCCAGAAAUCGGAGACGAAGUUUGGACAGUGUCGUCCGAUGUUAGCUUUCGGUCGAAUCAGUUUCCUAAAUACAAAUUAGGACCUAAUAAUGAAAUCUUGGAGGAGAUCAAAGAAGAAAUAAAGGGCCCACCUUUGAAGGAAGUUGUUCUUAACGAAACAAACCAGCUCACCGAACAACAUAAACGUCUGUCCGUUCGGGACCUAGCCAGCAAAUUCGACAAGAAUUUGGCUGCUGCUGCAAAGCUGUCUGAAGAGGCCAAAAUUAAGGAGGUGGCAUCUUUAGAUGGACAUGUGCUUUUGAAGAAGCUGAGGGAUGCGUUGGAAUAUCUUAAAGGAAGAUUGGCUGGUCGAAAUAAAGAAGAUGUGGAGAGAGCUAUUUCAUUGGUGGAAGCGUUGGCGGUAAAAUUGACUCAAAAAGAAGGGGAGUUGAUUCAAGAAAAGUUUGAAGUGAAAAAGCUAGUGAAUUUUCUUAAGCAGGCUUCUGAAGAUGCCAAGAAAUUAGUGAAUCAAGAAAAAUCUUUUGCUUGUGCCGAAAUCGAGAGCGCAAGAGCAGUUGUGCAAAGGAUCGGAGAGGCGCUCGACGAACAAGAAAGAAACCAAAGCUCGGGGAAGCAGCAGGAAUUGGAGGAACUAGUAGAAGAGGUUCAAGAAGCCAGAAGAAUAAGAUUAAUGCAUCAACCUAGGAAGGUGGUAGACAUGGAACACGAACUUCGAGAACUGAGACUUCAAAUUAGAGAGAAGUGUACAAUUUCGGUUAAUCUUCAAAAUCAGCUGGCAAUGAGCAUGAAAGCCGAUGAAAAUACAUCCCGAGUUUAUGAGAUAAGCGGCUCCGAGUCAUUAAGUUCGAUUUUACGAAUUCAGCCCUGUUCAAAUGACGCAAUUGACCUCGCAAAAUGUUCGAUCCAAUGGUAUCGUCUUUCACCUCAAUGCAGCCGAAGGGAACCUAUUUUAGGUGCGCACAAGUGCGUUUAUGCUCCCGAGCCGAUUGAUGUGGGCCGAGUUCUUCAAGCCGAUAUAACUUCGAACGGGCUAAAAGUCACAAUUACAACUAACGGCCCAAUUCAACAAGCGUCGGAGCUGGCGAGCUAUUUGGAGACACUUUUACGAAAACCGAACAACGACUUCAGUGUAGUUAUUUCACAAAUGAAUGGACGAAAUUAUUCGUCGCAUUCGGCGCACUUAUUUCAUAUUGGGAAAACAAAGAUUAAGCUUAGUAGAGGAUGGAUCACAAAGGCCAGAGACUCUUACUCUAGGUCCAUGCAGCUAUGUGGAUUUAGAGGCGGUGGAAACUCUGCUGCUAAGUCGUUGUUUUGGCAGUCUCGUAAAGGACAAUCUUUCGUGCUCGUUUUCGAAUCCGAACGAGAAAGAAACGGGGCCCUCGUUCUCGCUAGAAAAUAUGCUUCUGAUUGCAAUGUGUUGCUUGCCGGUCCAGACGACGAUGUUUUGCUGUAAAGACUGAUCGGACGUUUUAAUUUUCGACUAAUUGCAGUAGCUAUUAUUAAUUUUUUUUUCGCCCGAAGGUUUUUCGAGUGUGUGUUUUUUUUCCUCCGGUUUGUGUGUGGAGAUGAUUUGAUAUUUGCAUUUGUUGUCCUAAAAUUGGUCUUGUAUUUGUAGUUGCAUCUGUUUUCUAGGCAUUGGUUUUUUUGGUUUUGCCUAAAUCAUUGGUUGUAACAACAUUUUUUUUAAUUGAUUCCACAAAAUUGAAUGGGUUUUAGAA